AUGUUUUACUAUACAGAUAUAAAUGAGUGUUUGUCAGGACAACAAAUUUGCCAUUCAGACGCCAACUGUACGAAUAUUAAAGGAUCGCUUCACUGUACUUGUAAAAAUGGAUAUCAAGGAAAUGGUUCUUAUUGUGAAGGUUUGUAUUGCGUAAUUAACAAUGUUUGAUUUUACUGGCUAACCAUUCUGUGCAACAACGUGUUCAACAAGUGCAAUAGAUUUCUCUGAGAGAUCGAAAACACGCACAAUACUUUUGGAAGACCAAUAAACUGAAAAUUUAGAAGACGAAUUCGGUGAACCUAUAAUAUUAUAGACGAUCUUACUAAAAACCUGGUUCUCAUUAAUUCCCAUGCAUUAAAAACCUGGUACGGUUCUCAAUAACUUUACAAUUCAUCACAUAAACAAAUCUCGGAGGAUGAGGCGGGACUUGAGAAUGUAGAAUUGUUUCACUUUUACUUGUAAAAUAUGGAUUUUUUAUGAUACUGCACAACAAAGUGAGAAAGUGUCUUUCCUAAUGCAACAUUCAGUUUCAAAACAUCGCCAAAUUACCAUUGGAAAAUGUUCUCCUUCCUGUAAUGCUGCUGAACAAAUAAAAAUAGUGUGCAUCCCUGAAUUAAAGUAUAAUUAACUUCUCUUACUAUUUAAUCCUACAUGCAGAUAUUGAUGAAUGCUCGUCAGACCACAAUUGUCAUUCAGACGCAAACUGUACCAACUUUAGGGGAUCAUUUAACUGUACUUGCAAACUAGGAUACCAAGGAAAUGGCUCUCAUUGUGAAGGUUGGUAUAAAUAUUUCGUAUUGAAACAUUUGGCUCUAUGUUGGUUCUGUUUCUAUCUUCUUGUGUUACAAAUACAUAAUUAUUUUUUCUGUGUUGGUGUUGUGUACUCCGGUGAAUAUGAUGUUUGUGGUGUUACUCUGAGUGUAUAUCCACACCGGCCGAGUUUGAAAUAUAUGCCCGGCCACGGUGGGAAUCGAAGUUACGACCUUUGGAUUACUAGCCCAAUGCUCUGCCAACUGAGCUACGCGGUCAGGACGUUUCGAGUAAGUGAUAUUUCGGAACAGAAUCUAGUUCCUUCGACGCAAACUGUACCAACACUUUACAACACUUUUUGUACCAACAUUUUACUACACUUUUCUUCGUUUCUACCAACACUUUUCUUCGACGCAAACUGUAACAACUCUUUACACUGGUAUCGAAGGAACUAGAUUCUGUUCCGAAAUAUUAUUUACUCGAACCGUCCUGACCGCGUAGCUCAGUUGGCAGAGCAUUGGGAUAGUAUUCCAAAGGUCGUAGGUUCGAUUCUCACCGUGGCUGGGCAUAUUUUUCAAGCUCGCCCGGUGUGGAUAUACACUCAGAGUAACAUCACAAACAUCAUAUUAUUCACCUGAGUACACAACACCAACACAGAAAAAAAUCAUAUUACUAGAUUACAUUGGUAUCGAAGGAACUAGAUUCUGUUCGGAAAUAUCAUUUACUCGAACCGUCCUGACCGCGUAGCUCAGUUGGCAGAGUAUUGGGCUAGUAAUCCGAAGGUCGUAGGUUCGAUUCCCACCGUGGCCCGGCAUAUUUUUUCAAGCUCGCCCGGUGUGGAUAUACACUCAGAGUAACACCACAAACAAAAUACAUAAUUGUGGAUAAACAUGGUCAGCUAUUUUUAUGCAGGGUUUUAAAUAUACGAUUCUAAAUCUAAAAUGCAGUCUGAUGUCAAAAAUAUCUUAUUUUUAUUUCAUAGAUAUUAACGAGUGCAUCAUCCAAGAUGUGUCAUGUGACCAGAAUGCCGAUUGUGUGAACACUGUUGGAUCGUUUGAAUGCAAAUGCAAAGUGGGCUUUACAACGAAUGGAUAUAACUGUGAAG